AGACUGCUGGUUGUGAGGAUGUUGUCCAUGGGAAAGUAUAGGUGGUGUUUGUUGGCUCCACUGGUGUUACUGGUCCUAGUGUCCCAUUUCCCCUCAAAGGCACAGAGUCAAGUUCCAGUUCCGAAAAGACUGCGUUUCAAAGUGCUGAGCUCAAGUAAACUUCUUGUGGCAUGGAAGGAGCCAAAAGGAGACUUUGACAGCUAUCUAUUCCUCUACAAGAGCACACCAGGUGGUGAGCAGAAGGAGAUCAUACUAUCUAAAUCAGACACUAAAGUGCUGAUAACAGACUACAGCUCCUCUCAGGACUACACUGUCAGUGUGAUCAGUGUCAGAGGCAGUGAGCAGAGCAUACCGCUUCAGAGCAGAUUUAAAGCUGCAGUGGAGAGAGGUGAGAGUGACAGAGAGGACCUCACUCAGCCUGAGAGGCUGACUGAGUCUGUCGUGCCUCCUGAGGAUGCCAACGAGAUCUCUGGAGUUGAUCAGUUUGUGUGCCACACUGAGGCCGUUGCAGACAUCAUAAUCCUGGUGGACGGCUCCUGGAGUAUCGGUCGGCUUAACUUCCGGCUGGUCCGCAUGUUCUUGGAGAAUCUGGUCAAUGCCUUUGAUGUUGGCAUUGAUAAAACAAGGAUAGGUCUGGCUCAGUACAGUGGGGAUCCCAGGAUAGAGUGGCAUCUCAAUGCUUUCUACACAAAAGAUGCCGUCCUUGAUGCCGUUAAGAACCUGCCGUACAAGGGAGGAAAUACUCUCACAGGCCUUGCGUUGACCUAUAUUUUGGAGAACAGCUUCAAGCCCGAGUCUGGCUCCCGUGUGGGUGUACCUAAAAUCGGGAUCCUCAUUACAGACGGGAAGUCCCAGGAUGAUGUCAUACCUCCGGCAGAGAGCCUGCGAAAUGCUGGGGUUGAGCUGUUUGCCAUUGGUGUUAAGAAUGCUGAUGAGAAUGAGCUGCACUCCAUCGCCUCAGAGCCAGGCGAAUCUCACGUCUACAACGUGGCCGAUUUCAACGUCAUGAGCUCCAUCGUAGGGGCUCUGACCAAGACUGUGUGUGAACAAGUGGAGCAGCAAGACAAGGACAUUAAACAGAAACAGAUACCAGAGACGACAGGAGCCCCACUUGAGCUGGUGACAUCAGAAGUCACGGCCCGGACUGUUAGGGUCUCAUGGAGCCAUGCCCCCGGAAACGUAGAGAAAUACAGAGUGGUUUAUUACCCUGCUAGCGGAGGAGAACCACAGGAGGCGGUAGUGGACGGCAGUGAGACUUCAGUGGUGUUGCAGCAUCUCAGCUCUGUCACUGAGUACCAGCUGGCUGUGUUUGCUGUGUAUGCAAACGAGGCAAGUGAAGCUCUCAGAGGAUCAGAAACAACCCUAGCCCUUCCCUCAGUGACGGUCCUCCAGCUGUUCGAUGUGACUCACAGCAGCAUGAAAGCAAGAUGGGACAGUGUGGAUGGAGUCUCUGGCUAUGUGCUGCUGUACGCACCGCUCAGAGAUGAUGGAGACUUUACAGACAAGGAGGAAAAAUUAUCGGAUGCAGUGACAGAGCUGGAGCUGGAUGGGUUGAACCCCAGCACUGAAUACACCGUUACUCUUUACGCCAUGUUUGGGGACGAGGCCAGUGACCCUAUUACAAUCCAAAGAACUACAUUACCCCUGAGUCCUCCUAGCAACCUGCAGUUUUCUGACAUCACUCACAACUCCGCCCACAUCCGCUGGGAUGCCGUGCCCAGAGGGGUCAAAGGUUACCACAUCCUGUGGGUCAAGACGGACGGAGGAGUCAAGAAGGAGGUGGAGGUGGGUCCUGUAAACUCCUACGACCUCAGUGAGCUGACGUCUCUGAGUGAGUACUCAGUGGCCAUCUCUGCCCUGUACACUGAGGGCCAAUCAGAGCCGCUCACAGAUGGAUUCACUACCACCCCGGUUCCUGGUCCUUUGGAUCUUCGCUCCAAUGAUGUGAGCACAGACAGCUUCCAGGUCAGCUGGGAUCACUCAGCCAAUGACAUCUUCCUCUACAGACUCUCCUGGGCCCCGUUCAUGGGUGGCGACACAAAGGAGGUGGUCUUGAGUGGAAGUGAUAACAGAUACAUCCUGACUGGCCUGAGCCCCUCCACUGAGUAUGAAGUUAUGUUGACGGCUGUGUUCAAAGAUGAAUCUGAGAGUGACACCAUCUCUGUCAUAGAGACCACAUUGGUCAGGACGACAACAAUGUCUACUACAACAGCAGUGGCACGCCAUGCUGCGAGGAACCUGCAGCUGAGUGACGAGACCACCCAGAGCUUAGAGGCAUCAUGGGAGCUGGAAGACCCCCUUGUGAAAAGCUACAGAGUCUCCUAUGCUGACCUCAGGGGCGACCACGAAGAAGAGUUUGUUGUAGUUCCUGGUGGUCAGAGGAGAGCAGUGCUUCAGCCUCUUCUAGCAGAUACCCAGUACAAAGUGACGAUCACACCUGUGUACACCGAUGGACAAUAUGGCAUCAGUGUAUCUGCCACGGGGGCCACAUUGCCCCUCCUGUCUCCUGGAAACCUGCGUGUGUCAGAGGAGUGGUACAACCGCUUCAGAGUCACCUGGGAUCCCCCUCAGUCUCCUACAACAGGGUACAGGAUCGUCUACCAGCCUAUAUAUGUUCCAGGACCAGUUUUGGAGACAGUUGUGGGUGAAGAUGUGAACUCCAAGAUGCUUCUGAAUCUACUUAGUGGGACGGAGUACAGCGUUCAAGUGACGGCUUCCUACCCUACGGGACAAAGUGAACCUCUGCUAGUGAACUCCAAGACAUUGUUCCUGGGUGUCUCUGGCUUGUCGACCUACCAGAUACGUCCCAUCAGCCUGUGUGUCCAGUGGCAGCCUCUUCUACAGGCCACGUUAUACAGAGUCUCCAUUCAGUCUACACUCAAUGGUCAGAGGCAGGAAGUGAGCCUGGGAGCUGGUUCUUCCCGACAGUGCUUCUACGACCUCACCCCCGGCAGCCAGUAUCAGAUCAGCGUUCACACCCAGAUGCAGGAAAUGGAGGGACCUGCUGUCUCCAUCACUGACAUGACUUGCCCAGCGCCCACUCUAGCUCCGACUGAACUCCCGACCACUGAGCCCCCUCCCACCAUCCCACCCGCUAAAGAAGUGUGUAAGGAGGCCAAGGCGGACCUGGCCUUCCUAGUGGACGGGUCCUGGUCCAUCGGAGACGACAACUUCAUGAAGAUCACACGCUUCCUCUACAGCACCAUGGGAUCGCUGGAUCUGAUUGGACCAGACGGCACCCAGGUCGCCAUCGCUCAGUUCAGCGACGACGCACGGACAGAAUUCCAGCUGAGUUCCCAUGGCAACAAGGAAGCGCUGUUGGAAGCCAUUCAAAGCAUCAGAUACAAGGGAGGAAACACCAAGACAGGUCGGGCAAUCAAACAUGUCAAGGAUUCAAUUUUCACCCCGGAGGGCGGAGCUAGAAGAGGCGUUCCUAAAGUCCUGGUUGUUCUCACUGACGGACGUUCACAAGACGAUGUCAACAAAGUGUCCAAGGAGAUGCAGAUGGACGGCUAUAUCAUCUUUGCCAUUGGCUUUGCGGACGCGGACUACGGAGAGCUAGUGAAUAUUGCCAGCAAGCCCAGCGAUAGACACGUCUUCUUUGUGGACGAUUUGGAUGCCGUGAAGAAAAUAGAAGAGCAGCUCAUUACUUUUGUCUGUGAGGCUGCUACCGCCACCUGUCCGUCUGUGUUGAUGAGUGGUAACACAAUGGCAGGUUUCCGUAUGAUGGAGAAGUUCGGCCUGGUAGAGAAGGAGUACAGCACCAUACCUGGAGUCUCUCUGGAGCCGGGCUCGUUCAACACCUUCCCGUGUUACAGACUACACCGAGACGCAAUGGUGUCGCAGCCCACCAAGUACCUUCACCCAGAAGGUUUACCCUCUGAUUACACCAUUUCUCUGAUGCUCCGCCUACUUCCUGAGACCCCGCAGGAGCCCUUUGCAUUGUGGGAAAUCCUCAAUAAGGAGAAGGAGCCAUUAGUGGGAUUAAUCCUGGACAACUCUGAAAAAACACUGACGUUCUUCAACUACGACUACAAAGGAGACUUCCAGACUGUCGCCUUUGAAGGAACUGAAAUCCAAAAAAUAUUCCAUGGCAGUUUCCACAAGCUCCAUGUAACCAUCAGCAAGACGUCUGUGAAGGUGGUGUUGGACUGUUCAGCGGUCGAGGAGAAACCAGUCAGCGCGGCUGGAAACAUCACCACGGAUGGAGUGGAGAUCCUUGGAAGGCUGGUUCGGUCCAGAGGCAGCCGGGACAACUCUGCUCCAUUCCAGCUCCAGAUGUUUGACAUCAUCUGCAGCACAUCCUGGGCCAGCAGAGAUAAGUGUUGUGAGCUGCCAGCAUUGAGAGUUGAGGAGCAGUGCCCUUCCUUGCCUCAUGCCUGUACCUGCUCCCAGGACAGCAAAGGACCUCCAGGACCUUCAGGACCCCCUGGCGGUCCAGGCAUAAGGGGAGCCAGAGGAGACCGAGGAGAGUCAGGAGUGACGGGACCUCAAGGGCCACUGGGAGAGCUUGGCCCUACUGGACCUUCAGGACCACCCGGCCCUCAGGGACCCAGCGGUCUCUCUAUCCAGGGGCCCCCGGGUGCUGCUGGGGGAAAGGGAGAGAAUGGAGCGGUCGGUCCAGCCGGAAUAAUGGGUGUUCCUGGAGGCCCAGGCUCAUCUGGCAGAGACGGCCCCCCAGGACCAAGGGGUCUGCCGGGUAAUGGUGGACCGCAGGGACGACAAGGACCUCCUGGACCUGGCGGGUCCCCUGGAGGACCAGGAGCCCCGGGACCUGGUGGAUCAUCAGGGCUCCAGGGAGAUCAAGGAGUUCCUGGUUCUGCUGGUACCAAAGGCGAUAAGGGAGAAAGAGCUGAUGUGCAGUCCCAAGCUGCUGUGCGGGCCAUCGCACGGCAAGUGUGUGAGCAGCUCAUCCAGAGCCACUUGUCUCGCUAUAACACCAUACUGAACCAGAUCCCGGUCCAGUCUUCCACGUCAAUCCGAACAGUACCCGGCCCCCCAGGGGAGCCGGGGAGGAGAGGCCUCCCGGGGUCCCAGGGGGAGCAGGGGCCAUCUGGCAGGCCAGGCUUCCCGGGUGGAAGCGGCCAGAACGGACGGGCAGGAGAGAGAGGUCUGGCGGGAGAGAAGGGAGAGAGGGGGAAUCCAGGGGUUGGGAGUCAGGGUCCUCGGGGACAAACUGGACUUCCAGGCCUGCCAGGUGAAGGACGGACAGGCAGCCAGGGCCCCUCUGGUCGGCCCGGCAACCCAGGGACGUCGGGGAGGCAAGGGAAUCCUGGUUCAACGGGACCAGCCGGCCCCCCGGGGUACUGCGACCAGAACUCCUGCAUCGGGUACAACGUCGGAGUCCAACCCCUGCCUAACGGCGGCUACCAGCCUUACAACCCAGCUGCAGUGGCUUACAACGACGACCAAGGAGAGGAAGAAGAGGAGGAGGAGGAAGAGGAAGAGCAGGACCCCUAUUACCGUGGUUACCCCCCUCAGUACUACCCCCAACAGCCCUCACAACAACGUGGUUACCGCUCGAGCCCAUCCCACUCCGAGGACACGGAGGUGCGGUCGCCGGGCGUCGCCAGGAGGUUUGCGCGCAACAUCGCCGCGUGAGUGAGGAGGAGGAGGAGGACUUUAAGAGGAAGGACGGACUCACCUGAAGUGCUUGAGCCCCCCACAACGCACACAGCAAAAACAAUCAAACACUUACAUGCACACACCCCGUCCAACGUCUAAAACUGUGGUGAGAACCCCCCUCCCAUCCAGUGGUUUGCUCCCCCUGGUGAAACUAUGUAAAUAGCUCUGUGGACUCUUGUACCAUAUCUCUGUAAAAAGGGGGGUCCGAAAAGUGCCUGAUAUAUGUAAGCAUCGUGUUAAUGUAAAAGGUAAGACCUGUUCGUCUCUCAGCUGAUUUCAGGACUAAACCCUUCUUCUUUUUGUGUGACGCUGCAUGUCCCCUGUGAGCCAAACAUCGAGAGUAACUGGACAUGUGCUUCUUGUUUUGGUUGUCUGUAACUAGCUAGAUUAUUUUACAACUCAAAUGGAGGAUGCUGAGAUGGCAACAGUUGUACAGGCUGCGUUUUAUAAGGAUGAAUCACGAUUUCCAGAUUCCAUGCUGUCUUUAUUUCAACGUGUUGAGGAAUAUUGAAAUGCUUCUUUAUACCAUCCAUUAUUGGAGUUAAUCCCAUGAAAUGCUGGUAGACGCAACAUUUCUGUGACGUUUAGUAUCACUUGCACUGUGGAACACAAUUAAAUGUUUAACUUUUUCAAG